UUACUUCCCUCGUUGUACAUUUCGUUCUCUCUCCCCCGUGAAAGCGAGAGAAAAAACGUGAAGAAAAGAUUUCAAAGUCCAAAAGCAGCCAUGGAAGAAAAUUACGUAGCUUUCGAAUCGAGCGCCAACGGAGACCACGAAGCCACCGCCAACGCUCACAGCAACAACAAUGACCAUGGGUGGCAAAAGGUCACGUACCCGAAGCGCCAGAGGAAGAUCAAGCCCUCCAAUCCCCUAACGAAUCCAGGUAAGGCCGUCCCCAACGGAUCUCUAAAUGGUGCCGAAAACGUCUUCCACUCGCUGGAGCAGCAGUCCGAGGAGCGCCGCCGGCGAAUUCUCGAAGCUCAGCGGGCCGCCGCCAAUGCCGACGCUCCGGUCAGAUCAAAGCACCGGAGCGACGACGAGGACGCUGACGAAAGCGAUGGCGAGGGCGUGGUGGAUAACGGGAAGGCCGAGGAAGUCAAGAAAAUCAAAACGAAGAAGCCGAAGAAGCCCAAGGUUACCGUCCCCGAUGCGGCCGCGAAGAUCGACGCGGACAAUCUAUCGGCUUUUCUCGCCGAUAUAUCGGCAUCGUUUGAAUCGCAGCAGAUACAGCUGAUGCGGUUCGCGGAUUAUUUCGGGCGCGCAUUUUCGGCGGUGAGCGCGGCGCAGUUUCCGUGGGUGAAGAUUCUGCGGGAGUCCACGGUGGCAAAAUUAGCCGAUAUUCCUCUUUCACAUAUUUCUGAGCCUGUUUAUAAGACAUCAAUUGACUGGAUCAACAAACGUUCACUUGAGGCACUUGGUUCCUUUGUAGUAUGGUCUUUAGACAGCAUUCUUGCUGACUUAGUAAGCCAACAAGCUGGUGCCAAAGGCUCAAAAAAAGGUGUGCCUCAAGCUUCUUCCAAAUCACAGGUUGCGAUGUUCAUAGUGGUAGCAAUGGUUUUGCGAAGGAAACCUGAUGUAUUAGUUAAUCUAUUGCCAACCCUGAGAGAGAAUGCCAAGUAUCAAGGACAUGAUAAGCUUCCAAUUAUUAUAUGGAUGGCAGUGCAGUCCUGUCAAGGAGACUUGGCUGUAGGGUUGUAUGCUUGGGCAUGCAACCUCUUGCCUGUGGUCAGUGGCAAAAGUUGUAAUACACAGUCCAGGGAUCUGGUUUUGCAGCUGGUGGAGAGAAUUUUGUCUACCCCAAAAGCUCGUCAAGUUCUUGUAAAUAGUGCUGUUAGGAAGGGGGAGCGCUUGAUACCACCUUCUGCGUUUGAGAUACUCAUACGAGUUACCUUCCCUGCAUCUUCAGCUAGAAUGAAGGCUACUGAAAGGUUUGAGGCUGUUUAUCCCACCCUAAAAGAGGUGGCUCUUGCUGGCUCCCCAGGAAGCAAAGCAAUGAAACAAGUUUCGCAGCAGAUACUAAGUUUUGCUGUCAAAGCGGCAGCAGAAAGCACUCCUGAGUUAUCCACGGAAGCAACUGAUAUUUUCAUUUGGUGCUUGACCCAAAACACUAAUUGUUUCAAGCAAUGGGAUGAGGUUUAUGAGGACAAUAUAGAAGCAAGUGUUUCUAUUUUGAAAAAACUUUCUGAGGAAUGGAAGGAGCAUUCUGCUAAACUCUCCUCUCUUGAACCUCUGAGGGAAACUCUCAAGAAUUUUAGGAACAAGAAUGAGAAAGCAUUGGCUAGUGAGGCAGGUGCUACUCUCCAUGCACCGCUCUUCAAGGACGCAGACAAAUAUUGUAAGGGAAUACUGGGAAGGGUAUCACGUGGCGGUUGGUGCAUGCGCAUGGCCUUUGCUUCAUUAUCAUUGCCUUUACUGUUGGUGCUUCUGUCAAACAUGGAGUCUUUGGAGUGGAAGAAACUCUCUGUGGUUUUCAGCUCGCAACAGCCUUUCUGAGCAGGAUUCUAUACAUAUUGACAACCAGUGGUGCAAACCAUCAAUUUGUUUCGACAAUACACAGCACGGCCAAAGUAAUCCAAUUUUACCAACAAUAAAGCGGCAGAGGAGGGUAAGGGUAAUACUGCUUGAUGGCCUGAUAAAGGUCUGGGCCAUCUAGGGUGGUUUUGGUUUUCCUCUUUCUUUUUAAAGUUAUUUACCUCUAAUUAACUUUUAUAGUACCAUGAAUUUUUUUAAAGAGUCGGAGACAUGUAUUUUGAGGUCAUUAUUUUUCAAUUUGAAAAGAAAUUUUGAUGACACAUUGUCAUAUGCCUUGUACUAAUGUUAGUUUUAUCUGAAAUCUUCAUAAUUUA